AUGACAUUGGUAAAUUGUCAAGAAAGAUGCUCGUACAUGACCAGCAUACCACGAGAACCAAAGCCGGACGAUCUACCUGAAAUUGAUAUUGAAGGUAAAUCAUUUAGUGAGAGACCGUUCAUCCCAGCUCCAGAGCGUGAUGAUGUUUGUAUGGACGAUUAUUACCCUCUCACUGAAAACACUGGUACCCAGAUUAUAUACAUGGAGGAAGAAAUAGUUGGAGAUGUCGCUAUAGCUGUCAUAAACUAUGAUGGUUCUGAAGAGCCAUAUAUAGUGGAAGCUUUUGUAUCGGGAUCGUUUCACCUUCUGGGUCCGGUUAUACGCAAGGAAGAAGACAAAUGGCUUCUUUAUGUUACGCAAAGACAGGAUUUCGAGACGCCAGGAAUGCAGCAGUACAUGUUCAACGUGCGAGUGAACGGCGAAGCGCUGAUCGCCGGCGUGUCUCUGCAAAUCGUCAACAUCGAUGACAACGAUCCCAUCAUACACGCGUUUGACACGUGCCAAGUGCCAGAACUCGGUGACCCAGGCCUCACCAACUGCGUGUACGAGGUAACCGAUGCCGACGGCGAGAUAAGUACACGCUUCAUGACCUUUAGCAUCGAGAGCGAUCGAGGUGACGAGAACAUAUUUUACAUCCAAGGCGACAACAUAGAGAACGAAUGGUACCGCAUGACCAUGACGAUUGGACUCAACGCCUCGUUAAACUAUGAGACGAACGCGCUCCACAUCUUCAGUGUCACUGCUUUCGACUCUUUACCCAACAACCAUACAGUGACCCUGAUGGUACAAGUGGAGAACGUCGAGCAUAGACCUCCGCGGUGGGUGGAGAUCUUCGCGGUGCAGCAGUUCGACGAGAAGACCGAACAGAACUUUAAAGUGCGGGCCAUCGAUGGUGACACUGGCAUUAAUCGACCUAUAUACUACAGGCUGGAGACUGCACCUGAAGAUACAUUCUUUAAUAUUACGACAAUCGAAGGCGGGAGAGACGGUGCUAUUUUCCACGUGUCUCCUAUCGAUAGAGAUGAACUCGAGAGAGAGGUUUUUCAACUCUCAAUAAUUGCUUACAAAGAAAACAAUGAAAGUCUCUCCGUUGCUGCUAAUAUUGUGAUCAUUGUAAACGACGUCAACGAUCAGAUACCAGAGCCUCUGUUUGAAGAGUACCACAUUGAUAUCAUGGAGGAGACGCCAAUGACUCUAAAUAUUGAACAGCUAGGAUUUCACGAUCGAGAUUUGGGUCAAAACGCUCAAUACAGCGUGCAUUUAGAAAGCGACUACCCGCCAGACGCCGCGAAAGCAUUCUACAUCGCGCCCGAAGUGGGUUACCAGCGUCAAGAGUUCAUUAUGGGCACUUACAACCACUCCAUGCUGGAUUUCGAGGAGCCAGACUUCCAAAAAAUCAGACUCAGGGUGGUAGCAACUGACUUAAACAACACCGAAUUCGUGGGUGUAGCGAGAGUUUACAUAAACUUGAUCAACUGGAAUGACGAGGAGCCAAUCUUCGAGCACAGUGUACAAACCGUGUCGUUCAAUGAGACUGAAGGCCGGGGCUUCUACGUUGCGACCGUCAUAGCGCACGACAGGGAUAUCGACGAUAUAGUGGUACACUCCUUAAUGGGUAAUGCCGGCCAGCUUUUGAGCAUCAAUAACUUGACCGGUGAAAUCCACGUGUCGGUGGACGAUGGCUUCGACUAUCACAGACAGAGUGAGCUGUUUGUGCAGGUGCGAGCAGACGAUACGUUGGGAGAGCCGUACCACACGGCCACGUCGCAACUGGUCAUACAACUCAACGAUAUCAACAACACUCCGCCCAGCUUACGGUUGCCACGAGGAAGCCCACAAAUUGAAGAGAACGUGCCUGAAGGAACAGAAAUUACGCGGGAGAUUCGUGCGACAGACCCAGAUACUACAGCGGAACUGCGCUUUGAGAUCGACUGGAAUACUUCGUAUGCCACCAAGCAGGGCCGGGAGACCGAUCCAAAGGAAUACCACAACUGCGUUGAAAUCGAGACAUUGUAUCCAGAAGUGAACAACCGCGGCGUUGCUGUAGGCCGUGUAGUGGUUCGCGAGAUCAGGUAUAAUGUGACGCUGGACUUCGAGGAGUUUGAAGUGCUUUACCUAACCAUUAGGGUGCGAGACCUCAACACUGAAAUCGGGGAUGAUUAUGACGAAUUAACGUUCACGGUGAUAAUCGUGGACAUGAACGACAAUCCACCGGUGUGGUCCCCGGGCAGUCUCCAGCAGCAGUUCCGCGUGCGGGAGAACUCCGCCACUGGUACCAUUAUCGGCUCUCUGUUGGCCACCGCCAUUGACGGACCGCUAUACAACCAAGUGCGAUACAUUAUUGCCCCGAGGAACAAUACGCUGGAUGACCUCGUGAAGAUAGACUUCUACACGGGCCAGCUGGAGGUAGACAGUGACGGUGCGAUAGAUGCGGACAUUCCACCGCGCGACAACCUCUACUACACGGUGAUCGCCACGGACCGAUGCUUCGAACCUGACCCCGAUGACUGUCCACCAGACCCCACCUACUGGGAGACGGAGGGAGAUAUAGCGAUCCAGAUCAUCGACACAAACAACAAAGUGCCGCAAGCUGAGACCGACAAGUUUGACGUUGUUGUGUAUGUGUACGAAAAUGCCACCUCUGGUGAUGAGAUCGUUCAAAUUGUAUCCAGCGAUAAAGACAGAGACGAGAUAUACCACACAGUGCGCUACCAGAUCAACUACGUAGUGAACCCGCGCCUGCGCAGCUUCUUCGCGGUGGACCUGGACAGCGGACAGGUGUUCGUCAACUACACCACGGAGGAGACGCUCGACAGGGACGGCGACGAACCACAACACAGAAUUUUCUUCUAUUUGAUUGACAAUUUUUAUACUGAGGGAGAUGGUAACAGAAAUCAAAAUGACACAGAAGUGCUGGUUGUACUACUCGACGUGAACGAUAACGCUCCCGAAUUACCAGAACCUCACGAGCUGUCGUGGUCGAUCUCAGAAAGUUUAACAAAGGGUGUCCGCCUCGAGCCCGACAUCUACGCCCCGGACCGCGACGAGCCGGAUACGGACAACUCACGAGUGGGCUACGCAAUCCUCGACCUGAUGCUCACCAACAGGGACCUCGAUGUUCCAGAACUCUUCACCAUGAUCCAGAUCCAGAACGUCACCGGAGAGCUUGAGACCGCGAUGGACUUGAAAGGAUUUUGGGGAACAUAUUCAAUACAUAUUCUAGCUUUCGACUACGGGCAUCCGCGUCAGUGCUCUGACGAGCGUUACGAGCUGAUCAUCCGUCCUUACAACUUCCACGCGCCCGAGUUUAUCUUCCCCAGACACGAGACCAGCGUCAGGCUUGCAAAGGAACGGGCGGUAGUCAACGGUCUCCUAGUCAAGGUGAACGGCGAGUUCCUGGAUCGUAUAGCAGCGACAGACGAGGACGGUCUUCACGCUGGAAUAGUCACAUUUUCAAUUUUCGGAGACGUGGAUGCUCAGGAGCAUUUCCAAGUCAGUAACGACGGAGAGAAUAUAGGAGUCCUCAUGCUGAAGCAGCUUUUCACUGAAGACAUCAGGGAAUUUAAUGUGACUAUACGCGCAACGGAUAGUGGCACUGAACCAGGGCCCUUGUACACUGACUCUACACUGAACAUUGUCUUUGUGCCAACACAAGGCGAUCCGGUUUUCCCCGUAAAUACAGCGAGCGCCGCUUUCUUCGAAAAAGAAGGAGGCCUAGAAGAGAGUCACCAAUUGCCUUUAGCCGAAGAUCCCAAGAACUAUCGCUGCGUGGAUGACUGCCUCGAUAUCUACUACAGGAUUGUUGACGGUAACCAGGGAGGCCACUUCUACUUGGACGAAACGAAAAACAUUUUAAGCGUCGUCAAGCAGCUGGACCGCAACGAGAGUGCGGAGCACAGUCUGCUGGUUGCCGCUUCCAACGCUCUCACUGGAGGCGCCGCACUUCCCGGUUCCACGCUGCUCGUUACCGUUACAGUCAGAGAAGCCAAUCCUCGACCGUACUUCGUUAGAGAGCUGUACACCGCAGGUAUUUCUACUCUAGAUUCGAUCAACAGAGAACUCCUGACACUGCAAGUCACGCACUCAGAGGGCGCUCCAAUUACUUACACCAUAAUGCAAGAGACGAUGCAAGUCCAUGCAAGCUUGGAGGCGGUUAAGGAUACUGCAUUUGUGCUGAACCCUCAAACGGGAGUGCUGACACUGAAUAUGCAGCCCACCGCCUCUAUGCACGGCAUGUUCGAGUUCCAGGUUCUAGCUACUGAUCCAGCGGGAGCCACGGACACAACGGAAGUAAAGAUUUAUUUGAUCUCAUCAAUGAACCGAGUCUUCUUCAUUUUCGUCAAUACAUUGGAAUAUAUAGAGGAGCACAAGGACUUCAUCGAGCGCACGUUCAGCGUGGGGUUCCGCAUGACGUGCAACGUGGACCAAGUGGUGCCGGCCAGUGACAGCAGCGGGCUGGCGCUCGACGACCUCACCGAGCUGCGCGCGCACUUUAUCCUCGACCACACGCCAGUCGCAGCUGAAGUCAUCGAGGAGCUGCGCAGUGACGCGGCGCUGCUGCGCUCGAUCCAGACAACGCUGACAACGGAGCUGGUGGUGCUGCGCGACUUCGUGACGGGCGAGAGCCCCGCGCUGCAGCUGGACGCGGGCCGGCGCGCCGUGCUGGCGCUUGCGGGGCUUUGUGCGCUGCUCGCCGCCACCUGCCUGCUGCUGCUCGCCAGUUUCGUGCUGCGGACACGCGCCUUGAAACGUCGGCUGGAUGCUUUGUCCAUGACGAAGUACGGGUCGCAGGACUCGGCGCUGAACCGCGCGGGGCUCGCGGCGCCGGGUACCAACAAGCACGCGGUCGAGGGCUCCAAUCCCAUCUGGAAUGAGGCUAUCAAAGCGCCGGAUCUCGACGCAAUUAGCAGCGACUCCGGUGACUCCGAUCUGAUCGGCAUCGAAGAUCUACCUCAGUUCAGACAGGACUACUUCCCGCCCGAUACCGACUCUGUACAAGACUCGGUCAACGACGACAUGGGCAAAGAUACAGUGGCAAACCACAGCAACAAUUUCCAUUUCAACGCCACUCCCUUUAGUCCUGAGUUCGUCAGCAACUUAAGAAAAUAA